GUUUUAUUAAUCACAAGACACGUAGAAAUCUAGAUCUACAUUUUUAGUUCUGAUAGAUAACAAUCACAAUGAAUGACAGAAAAAUCAAAUGCAAAGACCUAGAUCUAGGCCCUGUAAUCGAGAGUUAUCAGAUUACUCUAAGCAAAAGUGUCAAAUCAGACAUAGAAGUUCUAAAGCAAAUUUCCCAGUUUGGUUUCAAAAUUGUUGAAGUUGAUCCAAUUGUUCUUGAAUCUGAAUCAUUUCCAGAUAAAUAUAUGAUAUCAAAAUUAGUUGAUGUUGUAAGUAGAAAUUUGGAUAAAGACCACUCAAAAAUAAAGAAAGAAGAUGGCAAGUUGAACAAAAUAAUUAACAAAAAUGAAACUGCUUCAGAAAAUUCAUCAAAAAUUGUUGAAGAAAGAACUCAAAAUGCAUGUAGCUAUUUCUACCAUAAAACAGAUGAGUUAGCUCAGCUGAAGGAGCAUGAAGCUGGUGAUGUUAAAACUUCACAAGAUUAUUUUUCUUUUAAUUCUGCAAAUAAAAAAUUGUCUCUUGACAAAAUAGUUGGAUAUAAAUUAGAUAAACCAUUAGGUGAAAUUAACAAUGCAGGUACAAGUAACCUAUAUUUUAGUCAUGCAGGUAAUACUAAGAAUGAUAAUAAACAAUCAGACAAAGAGAUCCAAAAAGAUAACUUCUCCUCUUUUAAAAAGGAAAAAGAAUCUGACACAAAUGAAGAAGUAACUCUAAAUCCUAUGUCAAUGGAUGAGGAUUUAUUUGAAGCUGCAAAAUAUUACUUUCAAGAUACAAAAUACUCUGUCUUUUUUGGGAAAAACUGUGAGUUGAAAAUUAUAUCUAACAAUGAAGAAGCAAGAGAUUUUCUGUGUAAAAUUAAAGAUUUUAAAAAGAUUGAAAUAAAUGUCUCUGGAAACAUAGACCAAAUAUUAAGUUACAUAGAAAAGAAUCAUGUGAAUGUAAAAGCUAUGUCUAAUGCUUCUACUUCAUUGGUCAUCAUGGGUCAGAGUAAGGAUGUUCUUGCUGCUCAUAGAAACAUUUUAUCUCUAAUUGGCAACAGAGAUCAUGAAUUGUUCUGGUCAGCUAGGUCUGAUGACAGUGGAAAUCACAAGUAUGAAAAACAUUUAGAAACAACAUAUGAAGAUGAAAAGGAUGGUGACAUUCAACAAUCCAGAAGCAAAGAUUUGUCAACCUCUGAUGUCAAAUACAGUUCUCAAAAAUCUGAGUCAAACCUUAAUGUAAAUUCACAACAAAGUGAUGGCAGAACAAAAGACAAAACCAUGAAAAGUUUACUACCUGAUGAUAAAAGAAAUCAGCCCCAAAAAAUAGGAAGCAAUGCACCAUUAAGUGAAAAUCUGGGGCAAAGAUAUACAGUUACAUCAGAAUUUGGUAAUAAAAAAUAUGUAGGGGAAUCAGGAUUUAAAGUCUACAUAUACGAAUAUGAUAUUACAAAAGUUGAAGUCAAUUGUAUAGUUAAUACAUCUAAUUCUUAUUUACUAAAUAGCAAAGGGGUUUCUAAUGCAAUAGCAAGAGCAGCAGGCCCAGCUUUAGUUGAAGAAUGUCAAGAAUUUAUCAAAGAUGGAAACGUUGUUGUUGUUACAGAUGUUUUUGUUUCUGGUGGAGGAAAUUUGUAUGCAAAGAAAGUCAUUCAUGCAGUUGGGCCUAACUGGGAGGAUUAUGAACCUGAUAAAAAGCAUAAAUGUGCUGAUGAUUUAAGGAGAGUAGUUCUUAGAUGUCUAGUACAAGCAUCAGCUAUGAAUAUGGUGUCAAUUGCCUUACCUUCUAUAGGUUCAGGAAACCUCAAAAUUCCACCACACGUUUGUGCCAAUAGCUACUUAAAUGCUGUGAAAAGCUUUGACAUUAUUGCAAAGAAACUGGAUUUGCGUUCAUUGCAAGAUAUUCAUUUUAUUGACAAAAAUGUAGAUAUGGUAACAGCUGUUGAUGGCUGUUUUUUAGGAAACUGGGAAAAAAAUAAUCCAAGGUUAGAAAUUGUAAAUAGAGAUUUGGCUUUUGCUAGAAGACAUUUAGAAAGGAACAGGUAUGAACAAAAUAUCAGAUUCUUUGGAUCUCCACAUACAUCAACUUUCUCUAACUCACCACAGUCUGAAAGAUCAGAGAAGUGUAAAGACUAUCUGUUCGGAGAAGUUAACCUUAGAGUCAGCACCAGAUAUGCCAUGGAUUUUAAUACUGACCUGGUUGUCACAGUUGGGGAGCCAUUCAAAAAAAUCAGUGGAAUGUCUCGGUUUGAAAUAAAAAGAAGAAAAAUUAGCCCUGGGAAUAAAAAAUUUGAUUUUCUCAUAUACGAGUGUGAACGCAAACAUUCUCAAUUUGUUUGUGAACUUGAAAUGAGUUCUGUGACUGAUGAUAAAAUUGUAUCUGCUCUCCGUAACUUGAACUCUGCUGUUUGUAGUUAUCCAAACCUUGUAGAAUCCUUAGCUAUUACCAGCAAAUUUCUCUACCCAGUAAAAAAAUUUACAACCAAAAAACAACCAGAUUCUCAAAUAGUAAAAUUAUUCUCUCACCUGGUGUAUGAAUAUGUGACAAACAUUCCAUUGGAAUCAUUUCUAAAGGAAGUAAUCAUUUCAACAAGUGAAGAAGCUUAUCCUAUGGUUAUAGAAGAGAUUGAUACUUUGGAAGAAAAGAACAAGCCACAAGCUUCUGGUGGUUCAACAGUUGGCGUUUUUUGCAAUAAUUGCAACAGAUAUUUGUAUGAAAUGCAAAGUCUUACUAGCCGUAAAAAGGACUUCUGCUCUGACUGCAAAACUAAACUAAAAAAACGCCCACUUGGCUUAAAUCCUGGUGCUACUAAUAUCCAGCCAUUAGGAGAAAUGAUUGUCACAUACAGAGAUGAUCGACACUUACCUGGAUAUGAAUCAUAUGGUGUCUAUGAAAUUGAAUUCAUUUUUGCUGAUGGCAUUCAAAACGAAUACAAUGCCAUGAAACAAGGAUCACUUAGAUAA